AUGAGUUCGUACCCCGAUAAAGAAUCCGAUACUGUCGUGAGUCAAUCACGUAGUCAUUAUCCAGAAUCAGACUUUGCGAAUUACUCCGGUAAUGCCCGUGAAGUGUUCCUCUCUCCAAUUUUCCUUAAGCAAGAGAAGUUUUACGUCUAUAAGGGUCUCAAUUUCCUUGGAAGACAAGACACGCAAUUUGUCGUAACUCUUGACGAAUACCAAGGCUUGAAAUUUAAACCGGAAUUGUACUCGGGACACAUCUGUCAUCUGAAUCUAUCUAAUCAUAAAACCGAACGCAAAGUCUCGUUUCUGAGCAAGAAGCGGAGUAAAUCACACAGCAAUCCGUCUUCGUCGUCGCAGACAGAACAGACAGAACACACAAGACAACGCAGAUACACUUCAUAUGAUAGUAAACUCAAAGAGUCACUAGGCACAUCAUUUAGCCAGCAACCUCUACUUCCGCUGCCUCGAAAACCUUCUGCCAGUACCAACUUCAAUCUCUUAGGGAACCUUGAGGGGGGAUUCGAUGGGAGUGGUAGUGAAAAUGCAAUUGAGGAGGAUGCAGAGCUGCUUGAAAAUUAUGAUGAUCCGACACAAGAGCAGAGUGAUUUUGUAGACGUUGUAGAUGGAAAUUACAGUAAGGGUACUGAUGAUCCAAAUGAGGACCUCGAUGAGAGUAUUGAUGAAGAAGAAGACGAAGACGAAGACGGAGGCGAAGAUAAUGAAGAUGAAGAUGAAGACGAAGAUGAAGAGAACGAGAGCGAUGAAUUUGAUGACGCAUUUUAUUCUUCAGAUGAUGACAAUCACUUACCAAUGGGCCAUAGAUACGGCUACCCAUACGUUAAUAGAGUGCCGGUGAUCGAUGUAUUCGUGAGUGACUGCGAAGAUGUUGACAAAGAAUUUGAUGUCGAAAAUUCUGAAGACAAUAUGAGCGUCGUCAAUGAUUAA